GUUAGUAGAGGAUGGCGCGUGGAGCGGCGCGCGCCUGCAGCCGUCAGUCUCGCGGCCACUUCCGACACACUCGCACCGUGACAUACUGACGAUCCAGUUUCUAUACCAGUUUUAGUGUUAGUGCUUUUAUAUUCGCAACUUGUUGAAUUACCAGUUCGUUUGAUCCUGACGCAGUUUCAGCCGAGUCCGCGGUGUGAAUUCUGUAAUAGAGCAGUGCUUUCAGUGUCAACUUGUGAAGCUCGCUGUCCCUCUCUGUUCAGUUCAGUUGAAAGCGAAAGCUUCAUUCGAGACUUCACGCGUUGUUUUGUUUUCAAGAUUUCCGCGAAAGGUUUUUCUCUGGACGAAACGUACAGAUCUUCAAUAUCUUGUUCAUACAAGAAUAUUAUAAGCAGAAUAUAAACAGGCGCGCCGCCCACGCCGGCCGAUAGAGGCGCAUCCCGCCGCGGGAGACUUAUCUGUCCACGUCACAGGAAACAUGCCGAUAGCGGGCUCAUGAGGAGCAGCGAGCAGAGCGGGCCCCCGCCAGCAUGCGCCCCGCGCGCCCCCCGCGCCCCCCGCGGCGCCCCGCCCCCACCCCCGCCGCCAGCACCAGCCGCGGCAUCACCACACACGACUGCACCGUAGAACAUAGAAACACGACAACAAGUCACAACCAUUCCAAUGAUAAUUUAGAUGAAAUUCAACAAACGACUGAUUAUGUAGAUAGCUUUAGAAUACCACAUAAGGGAAGGUACGCUGAAUGCCAAAAUAAAUAUGUCGAAAGACGGUGCUCUCACACAAUCGACCGAGAAGGAUUGCAUAAUCAGAGCGACGUAUUCGGUAAAGAAUCGAUUAGUGUCAGAAAUAAGGAAGCGGCGUCCUUAUAUGGGGGGCGGAGAAAGGGUGCUUUGAAGGAAUGUGUCCGGAGCUGGUCGGCCUGGGGGCUCGCGUGGCGGAGCUGUGGUGUCCUCUUGAUGCUGCUGUCUUGCUGCGCCGCCGCCCCGCACCCCGCCCAGCGCCCCCUCCCGCGCCGCGCCCGGGACACUCUGCAGGACACGCAAGCUACUCGGAGCUACCUGCAGCAGUUCGGGUACCUGCGGCGCGGGCAGCCCGAGGUUGCCAACCUGCUGCACGGCGACGCCGCCGCCACCCACGAGGACGACUUCAGGAUCGCCGUCAAGACUUUACAGGAGUUUGGUGGACUACCCGUAACGGGAGAGAUAGACGAAGCAACUAGAGAGCUCAUGAAGAAGAGACGCUGUGGGCGGCCGGACCGAGAUAACGGUGACGAGGGCGAGGAUCGCAGGCGGAGGAAGAGAUUUGCAGUGCAGGGGCAGAAAUGGAAACACACCAACUUAACUUGGAGCCUGUCGUCUCUCCGGCGGCCGUCCACGCUGGACCCGCACCACACGCGGGCCGUGCUGGCGCGCGCGCUGGACGUGUGGGAGCAGGCCUCGCGCCUCACCUUCACCGAGGUCAACUCCGACGAGGCCGACAUCGUCGUCUCCUUCGCCAAACGGUACCACGACGACUCGUACCCGUUCGACGGGCGCGGCUCGAUCCUGGCGCACGCGUUCUUCCCGGGCUCGGGCCGCGGCGGCGACGCGCACUUCGACGACGACGAGCUGUGGCUACUACAGCCCAAUAAUGAUGACGAGGAAGGAACCUCCCUGCUAGCGGUAGCGGCGCACGAGUUCGGGCACUCGCUGGGGCUCAGCCACAGCUCGGUGAAGGGCGCGCUCAUGUACCCCUGGUACCAGGGCAUCCAGAGCAACUUCGUGCUGCCCGAGGACGACCGCAACGGCAUCCAGCAGAUGUAUGGACCCAAAGAAAGGCGUAUAUGGGGUAAGAUACCAUACUACCGGCCGGUGGAGACUCCAGCUCCGACGACUACCACCACCACGACCACGACGACGACCAAGCGGCCGUACCACCACCACACGCACCGGCACCCGCAGCGCCACCAGCCCGGCUACCCGUACCGCCCCUCCAAGUACCCCACCUACUACCCCGAGCGACCCAACUACCCCUACUACCCUGAGCGACGGCAUAACACCACUGAGGAGCAUCCCAGAAGAACAACGCAUCACUACUCGCGGCCCACUCCUGACACCACCACGCCGUCAACGACGUACCGCCCGAGGUACCCUCAAGUGAGGCCAGAGCACCCCGGCUACCCGCGCCCCAACACCCCGCCCGACCCGCGCAAGGACCACCCCAAGAAGCCGUACUAUCCGGAGAAGACCACCUCCAGGCCCUCCACCACGCCGUCGGAUAAGCCGGACACGUGUGACACCACUUAUGAUGCGGUCGCUUUGAUUCGAGGAGAACUCUUCAUAUUUAAGAAUAGGUAUCAUUGGAGGAUGGGAGCCCACGGCCGCUACUCCGGGUAUCCCAUAGAGAUAUCGAGGAUGUGGUCCGGCUUGCCGAGGAACCUGACCCACGUAGACGCGGUUUAUGAACGGCCUGACAGGAAAAUUGCCAUUUUCAUAGGAAAAGAGCUAUACCUAUUCGAUACGCAAUACCUAGUUCGAGGAUAUCCGAAGCCAUUAGUAGAUCUCGGCUUGCCUGAGAGCUUGGACCGUCUCGACGCGGCGAUGGUUUGGGGCUACAACGGGAAGACAUACUUCUACAGCGGAAAUAUGUAUUGGAAGUUUGAUGAAGAGGAAGGCCACGUUGAGCUGGACUACCCACGAGACAUGGCCAUGUGGAAGGGAGUCGGAUACAACAUAGACAGUGUUUUCCAAUGGAAAGAUGGUAAAACGUACUUCUUCAAGGGCAAAGGGUACUGGAAGUUCAACGACCUCCAGAUGCAGGUGGAACACGAGCGCCAGCUCCUGUCGGCUCCGAAGUGGAUGGGGUGUCCCGCCGAGCGCAUCGGCCACCGCGAGCCGUACCGGGGCAUCCCGCCGCCCGGCUCCACCCUGCGAUCCCCCAGCGCCGGACACACUCACACCUCCAGCCUACCCUUACUCACUUCUGCGAUCCUAGUACUCCUCACCUAUAUUCGAUACUAUUUGUAAAUAAAUUCCCGCAUUUUAUCUCUCUAUCUUAUGCUAUGGUAUACCUUUGAUAUUGCUGUAUUAUGUAAAAAAUUAGGUACAUAUCGAAAUGUAUUCAGAUUUUAAUUGUAAUUAGUUAAUUUUACUUUACCUACCUUUAAGUGUUCUUUUGACGACAUUUUGCGCAAACUAUGCACUGCCUACUUUAGUAUUAAUUAUACGCCUGAGUAUACAUAUAGGAAUAAACAUAUUUUAUAACAAUUAAAGUAACUAUUUUAGAUUUAGAAAGUAGUUUUUUGGUUAUAUGUACAUUUUGAUCUCAACAUGAUCGAGUGCUUGAAUUAUUUUAAGACAUGUAAGGUAUAUAACACCAUUGAUUUAGCUUCUGUACAGUUUGUCGGUAUAUCAGUGUCUGUAAUUGAUGUUAAAUCUUUUUAUCACUAUUUCUAUGUAAUAAAUUCAAUAUCCUUAUUAGAAUUAAUGUUUUCAAACUUGACUGUAAGUACAGUAUAGAUUAUAAGUAAAAACAUUUUAGUUUAGUCUUCUUCUGUUUCAAACUUAAAUGUAUUUAUGCUGGUUAAAAGAGGUACACAUAAACUGUAAUUUGUAAAGUAUCAUACUUAUAGAACAUAGGAAGUAUAUAGAAAUACAUAUAAUGUAGAGCAGAUGAAACUGUGUUACAGAGUUAAUGAACUGGAGUACUGUUAGCGCCAAAAACUAGAUUACCUUUUUCACUGUUU